UGUGACACAGUGACGUUUGGGAAUGAUCAUCGACUAUUGUCUACAGACCGCCAAAUUUUUAUACAUCAUUAUGUUUUCGUUGUCGUCGUCGGCGUCACAAAAGUGAUUUUUUCCAACCAGACUUAAUUUACGUCCAGCAUACAGCACCUGCUGCGACCACACUACCAGUUAUUAGUUUUUAGUCUGCCACCUAUUUCGUAUUUCAAGUGAUUUUUCACUUCGUUCUCAUAGAUUUAUUAACUUCUAACUUCAAACCACUAUGGAACAGUAUAUUGUAAGCAGUAAUAGUGCAUUAGAACUUAAACUUGUUCGUAAAUCUAGUGACAUAAAUGAUCCAAAAGCAGCAUUUUAUCCAGACAUGACUUAUCAAAUAUUUGGAAAUAUGGAAAAAAUAUUUGGUUACAAAGACCUUGUUGUAAAAAUGUAUUAUACUGCUUGUAGUCUUAAGCUGUAUAUUAACAUAAAUUAUUCUUCGAAAGUGGAUUCAGAGAAAUUUGGUAUGAAUCCUGACAAUAUAAUGGAAAAACUUAAGGAUUAUAUUACUCCAAAUUUCUAUACAAAUAUUGAUGUAUUUGAAAAGUGUUUGGAAGAUGAACCAAAGUUUAAGCCUUAUGGAACUCAACUCGAUCAAUUUAUUUUAAAUCAUAAUGAAGGAGACAAGAAAUUUGAAGUAUAUGUAAUUGAAGAUGAAAACACCCAAUUCAAAGAGUAUUUUGAUCAACUACAGACAUUUGUUUUAUGGUAUAUCGAUUCAUCAAAUACCAUCGAUUUUGAUGAUACUAAAUGGAAGAUAUUUAUCUUGUAUGAAAUUUUUAAAAAUGAAAAUGGUGAUACAUGUUAUACUCCAGUGGGAUAUUCAACCAUCUAUGAAUAUUAUGCUUACCCAGAUAAAAUCCGCCCAAGAAUCAGUCAAAUGUUAAUUUUACCACCAUUCCAAAGGAAAGGAUUGUGUGCCAAGCUCCUGAAUUCUGUUUACAAACACUAUGCUACUAAAUCAGAUGUUAUUGAUAUUACAGUUGAAAGUCCAAACGAUGAAUUCCAACUUGUUCGAGAUUUUGUAGAUGUUACUAAUUUUCAUAAUUUGAAAACAUUUGAUGAAGAAAAAUUUAAAAAAUUACAUUAUCAAGAAAUGGUUAAAGAAUUUAAAAAUCUUUACAAAAUCAACCAGAAACAAGUUCGUCGUGUAAUAGAAAUUAUAUUACUAAAAAUUACCAAUCGGCAAAAUACAGAUGAAUAUGAAAAAUAUAAGAAAUUUGUAAAAGCAAGAUUGAAUUGGCCAUUUCAAAAAAAACCUACCAAACUUAUGUUAGCAAUGCCAGCCGAAGAAGUUGAAAAAAUCCAAAAAGCUGACUCAAUUGUAAAAUUGGAAGAUUUAGAUAUUGAGUAUAAUGAAUUGGAACCAUCAUAUGAUAAAGUAAUCAAGAGAUUAGAAGUUAGCAUUGCUGUAUAGAUAAUUGUCACAAAUAACCAGUUUUAAAUUUUUUGUAUGUUAAUUAUUUUUGUUUCAAUUUUUCUAUUUAAUUUUAAUUAUAUCAAACUAAAAAAUAAUAUUUAUGCAUGUUCCUUUUUUCAUAACUUGAUUUAAUUAAGUUUUUAAAUAAAUGAAUAUUUUAAUAAAAUUAAUCAAGUAUACUUUGAGUAUAAUCAUACAAUUUUAGUAUUGCAUAAAUAAAUUAACUAUUAGUACUAAAUAAAGUGAAUUAUUAUAUGUGUAAUUUUUAAGUUUUUAUUUUGUAUUAUAAAAUUUGAUGUUGAAACAAUUGAUUUUAUAGUAGCUAAUAAAACCAAGCUCAUUAUUCAAUAACAAAAGUA